AUGGGAGUUGGAGUCACUUCUGAGACUCUUGCUCAGGCAAUGGAGAAAGCUCAGCUGCUGGCAGAAAAACAGGGUCUACAACAAGAGCAUGAGCACAAAAUGAAGAAUCUAGCCAGAAUGCUUGUCACUGCUUCAACAGAAGAGAAUUGGACAGAACUUAGGGCAAGAAGGAAGAGGAGAGUUACCUGGGCUCCUGGAAAACUAAAGCUCAGUUUAUAUCCGGAUAGUGUUGCAGCUAAAAGAAACAAGUUGGAUGAUAUCUUUCAAGAACUGGAUGAAACUGAAGAUAAUGAAGACUUUUGGGAUUCCGGCUGUUCAUUCAGUACCUUUAUGGAUUCAACAACUGAAUACUCCGAUACGAAACGAGGUGGAAGAUCAGAUCUGCAGAAUAUAUCUGUCCCUGAUAUGAAUGACAAAAGGAAAACAAGAUCAAACCACUGUAAUUGCAGUGAGAGUAAUAAUGGACCUUCAAACGAGGAACUAGUAAAAAUGUACACUGAGCUGGAGCAAAAUCUUGAAGACGUGAUAAAAGAGAGAAGAGAAGAAAAUAGGAAGAGCGAGAAUCAUGCAAACCAUUUGCAGAAGCAGUUGAUUGAAAGUGUUCAGCUUUGUGAGCUUCUUUACUCUGAAAAGAAUGAUGCCAAAAUACUAAAAAUGGAAAUCGAGAAACAAAAGCAAGAAAUAAGUGAACUGAAAAAUCUAAUGAAAGGAAAGAAGGAGAUUGAAGAAUUUGAGUACUUGGAAAAAGAAAUUCAAAACAUCACUGAGACUGAAAUAAUCAGCCAAGCGAAAAAAAUACAACAAGAUCAACAGAUUUUAGACCUUCAAAACCAAAUUCAACAGCUGAAAGAAGCGGCAGCAAGAAACCUGAAACUUUAUACCUGCACAGCACAGAGUGACGGUGAGGAUUUGAAGAAGCAGAUUGUGCAGUUACAACAAUCACUGAAUGAUGCUGAAAUCUUAAUAUGUGAUGGAAAUAAGCACUCUGCCUUUCUAAGAAGUGAAAAUGCACAGAUGAAGGAAGAAAUGAAUGAAAUGAGAAUGAACUAUCAGCAGAUGGAGAAGGACACACAAUUGUAUCGGAACCAGCUGGAUGCUGAGCGAACACGCUACAAUCAAAUGCAAACUGAUAUGCAGAAAGAGUUGCAGCACGUUUUUAUUGAAAAUACCAAGCUAACAACUCUUAUGGAUGGAAAAGUUCCCAAAAACUUGUUGGACUGUGUUCAACUAGAAAAGACGAUUUCUGAGCUUCAGCAACAAUUGGCUAAAACAUCAGAAGAAAAGACUUGCCUGCAGCAAGAGGUGAACCGCUUAUGUGAGUGCAAGUCAUUGCCUGAUGAAGUGGAAAAAUUGACAACACCGAUGGCCGAAUCUGCUACUGAACUGUGCAUUUUGACUGAAGAGAAAGAUAAAUUAUUAGCUGAGAGAGAGGAAUACAAAAAUAAAUAUGAAGAGUUGACGAUAGCAAAAGGUCAGCUUUAUGAAGAACUAAUGGCUGCACAAUCCAGACUAAAAGAAUCAAAACAUGAACUAAAUGGACUGAACAACCAGUGCAAACAACUGCAACUGCAGCUCUCAACGGUUGUCCAAGAAACAGAUCAAAUGGAACGUGACCUCACAGGUCUGUCCUCUGAGAAGGAUGAACUCAGAAAUGAUAAGCAGGAGAAACGAUACCAAGAUGGAUGUGGAAAUCGUAUCCUGGAAAAUGAGUGUUUAAAUCCAGAUCAGAGUACAGUGAUUGAGGCAAGAAAUGAGAUUGAAGUAAAGGAACUCAAGGAGCAGCUUUAUUCCCUUCAGCAAAACAUGAACACUCUGAGGACCGAGAAGGAGCAGUUACAGCAAGAACGAGCAAGCCUUCAAACUGAGAGUGAACAAAUGAAGUGUGAUCUCCAAGAGAGUAUUGAGAUGGCUGUGGAGAAUCAGGCAGAGAUGAGAAAUCUACAAGAAGAACUAAAUGAAAAGCAGAAAAAUGAAAUUGAAUUGAAACAAUGUCUGUCGGAAAAGGACCACACAAUAAACAAAGAGAAACAAAAGACACUGGAGUGCAAAAAUGAACUUCAGCAGGUAGUAUCUCAACGUGACCACUUACUGAUCGAGGUUGAGCAACAAAGGCGUGAGCUUAUAACUAACGUUUCCAAGGCACAAAUACUGGAUCAGGAAUUCAACCAUCAAGCCCAGCAACUGGAGAAUGCAAAAUCAUCUGUGGUGCUGGAGAAAGAUGAACUGCAGCUCAAAAAAAUGGAAAGUGUUCAAUCACAGAGAGAUGCAAUGGAGAAGACUCUGUGUGAAAAGGUUGAAAUGGAGAUAUGUUACCAAGACGGAUGUGGAAAUCGUAUCCUGGAAAAUGAGUGUUUAAAUCCAGAUCAGAGUACAGUGAUUGAGGCAAGAAAUGAGAUUGAAGUAAAGGAACUCAAGGAGCAGCUUUAUUCUCUUCAGCAAAACAUGAACACUCUGAGGACCGAGAAGGAGCAGUUACAGCAAGAACGAGCAAGCCUUCAAACUGAGAGUGAACAAAUGAAGUGUGAUCUCCAAGAGAGUAUUGAGAUGGCUGUGGAGAAUCAGGCAGAGAUGAGAAAUCUACAAGAAGAACUAAUUGUAAAGCAGAAAAAUGAAAUUGAACUGAAACAAUGUCUGUCGGAAAAAGGCCACACAAUAAACGAAGAGAAACAAAAGACACUGGAGUGCAAAAAUGAACUUCAGCAGGUAGUAUCUCAACGUGACCACUUACUGAUCGAGGUUGAGCAACAAAGGCGUGAGCUUAUAACUAACGUUUCCAAGGCACAAAUACUGGAUCAGGAAUUCAACCAUCAAGCCCAGCAACUGGAGAAUGCAAAAUCAUCUGUGAUGCUGGAGAAAGAUGAACUGCUGCACAAACUGGAAAGUGUUCAAUCACAGAGAGAUGCAAUGGAGAAGACUCUGUGUGAAAAGGUUGAACUGGAGAUACGAUACCAAGAUGGAUGUGGAAAUCGUGUCCUGGAAAAUGAGUGUUUAAAUGCAGAUCAGAGUACAGUGAUUGAGGCAAGAAAUGAGAUUGAAGUAAAGGAACUCAAGGAGCAGCUUUAUUCUCUUCAGCAAAACAUGAACAACCUGAGGACCGAGAAGGAGCAGUUACAGCAAGAACGAGCAAACCUUCAAACUGAGAGUGAACAAAUGAAGUGUGAUCUCCAAGAGAGUAUUGAGAUGGCUGUGGAGAAUCAGGCAGAGAUGAGAAAUCUACAAGAAGAGCUAAAAGUAAAUCAGAAAAAUGAAAUUGAACUGAAGCAAAGUCUGUCAGAAAAGGACCACACAAUAAACAAAGAGAAACAAAAGACACUCGGGUGCAAAAAUGAACUUCAGCAGGUAGUAUCUCAACGUGACCACUUACUGAUCGAGGUUGAACAACUAAGGCGUGAGCUGAUCAAUAACAUUUCCAAGGCACAAAUACUGGAUCAGGAAUUCAACCAUCAAGUCCAGCAACUGGAGAAUGCAAAAUCAUCUGUGGUGCUGGAGAAAGAUGAACUGCAGCACAAACUGGAAAGUGUUCAAUCGCAGAGAGAUGCAAUGGAGAAGACUCUGUGUGAAAUGGAGAUACGAUACCAAGAUGGAUGUGGAAAUCAUGUCCUGGAAAAUGAGUGUUUAAAUCCAGAUCAGAGUACAGUGAUUGAGGCAAGAAAUGAGAUUGAAGUAAAGGAACUCAAGGAGCAGCUUUAUUCUCUUCAGCAGAACAUGAACACCCUGAGGACCGAGAAGGAGCAGUUACAGCAAGAACGAGCAAGCCUUCAAACUGAGAGUGAACAAAUGAAGUGUGAUCUCCAAGAGAGUAUUGAGAUGGCUGUGGAGAAUCAGGCAGAGAUGAGAAAUCUACAAGAAGAGCUAAAAGUAAAUCAGAAAAAUGAAAUUGAACUGAAGCAAAGUCUGUCAGAAAAGGACCACACAAUAAACAAAGAGAAACAAAAGACACUCGGGUGCAAAAAUGAACUUCAGCAGGUAGUAUCUCAACGUGACCACUUACUGAUCGAGGUUGAACAACUAAGGCGUGAGCUGAUCAAUAACAUUUCCAAGGCACAAAUACUGGAUCAGGAAUUCAACCAUCAAGUCCAGCAACUGGAGAAUGCAAAAUCAUCUGUGGUGCUGGAGAAAGAUGAACUGCAGCACAAACUGGAAAGUGUUCAAUCGCAGAGAGAUGCAAUGGAGAAGACUCUGUGUGAAAUGGAGAUACGAUACCAAGAUGGAUGUGGAAAUCAUGUCCUGGAAAAUCAGUGUUUAAAUCCAGAUCAGAGUACAGUGAUUGAGGCAAGAAAUGAGAUUGAAGUAAAGGAACUCAAGGAGCAGCUUUAUUCUCUUCAGCAGAACAUGAACACCCUGAGGACCGAGAAGGAGCAGUUACAGCAAGAACGAGCAAGCCUUCAAACUGAGAGUGAACAAAUGAAGUGUGAUCUCCAAGAGAGUAUUGAGAUGGCUGUGGAGAAUCAGGCAGAGAUGAGAAAUCUACAAGAAGAGCUAAAAGUAAAUCAGAAAAAUGAAAUUGAACUGAAGCAAAGUCUGUCAGAAAAGGACCACACAAUAAACAAAGAGAAACAAAAGACACUCGGGUGCAAAAAUGAACUUCAGCAGGUAGUAUCUCAACGUGACCACUUACUGAUCGAGGUUGAACAACUAAGGCGUGAGCUGAUCAAUAACAUUUCCAAGGCACAAAUACUGGAUCAGGAAUUCAACCAUCAAGUCCAGCAACUGGAGAAUGCAAAAUCAUCUGUGGUGCUGGAGAAAGAUGAACUGCAGCACAAACUGGAAAGUGUUCAAUCGCAGAGAGAUGCAAUGGAGAAGACUCUGUGUGAAAUGGAGAUACGAUACCAAGAUGGAUGUGGAAAUCAUGUCCUGGAAAAUGAGUGUUUAAAUCCAGAUCAGAGUACAGUGAUUGAGGCAAGAAAUGAGAUUGAAGUAAAGGAACUCAAGGAGCAGCUUUAUUCUCUUCAGCAGAACAUGAACACCCUGAGGACCGAGAAGAAGCAGCUACAGCAAGAACGAGCAAGCCUUCAAACUGAGAGUGAACAAAUGAAGUGUGAUCUCCAAGAGAGUAUUGAGAUGGCUGUGGAGAAUCAGGCAGAGAUGAGAAAUCUACAAGAAGAACUAAAAGUAAAGCAGAAAAAUGAAAUUGAACUGAAACAAUAUCUGUCAGAAAAGGAACACACAAUAAACGAAGAGAAGCAAAAAACACUGGAGUGCAAAAAAGAACUUCAACAGGUAGUAUCUCAACGUGACCACUUACUGAUUGAGGUUGAACAACAAAGGCGUGAGCUGAUAACUAACAUUUCCAAGGCACAAAUACUGGAUCAGGAAUUCAACCAUCAAGUCCAGCAACUGGAGAAUGCAAAAUCAUCUGUGGUGCUGGAGAAAGAUGAACUGCAGCACAAACUGGAAAGUGUUCAAUCUCAGAGAGAUGCAAUGGAGAAGACUCUGUGUGAAAAGGUUGAAAUGACACUGGAGUGCAAAAAUGAACUUCAGCAGGUAGUAUCUCAACGUGACCACUUACUGAUCGAGGUUGAACAACUAAGGUGUGAGCUGAUCAAUAACGUUUCCAAGGCACAAAUACUGGAUCAGGAAUUCAACCAUCAAGUCCAGCAACUGGAGAAUGCAAAAUCAUCUGUGGUGCUGGAGAAAGAUGAACUGCAGCACAAACUGGAAAGUGUUCAAUCGCAGAGAGAUGCAAUGGAGAAGACUCUGUGUGAAAAGGUUGAAAUGGUUGUAACUACAGAAAGAAGAAACCAAGAACAAGCAGAACUAGUUUCUGUUUUAGAAAAACAAAUUGCUACUUUGAAACAGAGGCUGGUAGACAGUGAAACGAGUCAGUCGGAAAAUAAUGGAAUUGAAACAGAUCUUUCGUGCCAUCUACAGGAAAAAGAGCUGCUCCUUCAGAGCACCACCCAGGAUUUUGUAGAAAUAAAAAGCAAGUACAGCAUCCGACUUUCCAAUUCUGAUAAAGAACUUUCACAAGAGAGAGAGAAAUGGAGAGAUCUACUCGCUGGAUUUCUAUCUGAAGCAACUGAAAAUGUAACCCUGUCAAAAACUAUUGAAGAAUUACAGAGAGAAAAUUUGGAGCUACAUGAACAAUAUCAGACAUGGAGUUUGAAAUUUACGAUUAGUCUAAGCACCGUGCCUUAUCAUCAAAAUAAAUUUGUGACGCUCAUCACCAAAAUUGAUGCAGAUCUAGUAAAAGAGCACAGGGAGCAAAAAGAACUGCUUGUACAGCUACGGGCUCUGAAUUCUGAUUCAGCUAAUCUACCCUUGCCAGACUGUGAAGAAAGAAACUCGGAGAUAAGAAGACUUUCCAGCUUACUUGAAAAUAAAGAACAACAAUUGCAGGAAACCAAACAGAAUUUGUCUGAAUUGGACUCAAAAUAUCAAAACUAUCUGACCAUCACUGAAACUGAAUUACAAUUUGAGAUCAAUGCCCGAAAGGAACUUCUGAAUCACAGUUCAAAUCAUUCAAGUGGAAAUAUAUCCAGCACAAUUGAAAGAAUCAAACAUGAAAACAAGAGACUACAGGAGGAAACUGAGCUGCUGAAGAAAACAGUCCUGAGCACAGUGAAGAUUUUUUCACCAAUGUGGGAUUCCCGUAAUAAAUUCAUCAUAAACUCUAAUCUUCAAUUGGCUGAUCAGAGAAGAAAAAACAAGGAAUUACUUCUACAGAUUCAAGCACUAAGAGAACGUGAAUCAACUGAAAAUAGAUGUGAUCCAUUACAGACUGUGGAAGACCAGGAGCUGCCCAGAAAAUUUGAGCAAGCAAUUCAGGAUAGAGAGAUGAAAAUUGGAAAGCUUGAGAUUGCACUAGAGAUGAGUCGAGAGAAGUGCAAGCUGCAGGAGAAUAAAAUAUUGGCAUUGCAGACUGAAUUCAGCUCCAAGCCUCUGGACAAGAAGGUUGAAGCUCUUCAGGCAGAACUGGUGAGAAAGAACGAUCAGAUUCAAGAUCUUUUGAAGGCUACAACACAACUGCAGGUUAGUGUGGACAAAUGUACUGAACCCUUCAAACAGGAAAUUAUUGAUCUGAAAAACAGAUGUUCCAAAUUGGACUUGGAGAAGAUUAGCGAAACCAAACGCCUUGAACAACAAGUUUCUUCUCUAACAGCCAGUUCAAGGCACAAGGAUGAAUUACUGGGAAACAUGAAACGAGAACUUCGAAGAAACCAAACACAGCAGAAUAUUUCAUAUGUGGAUCAAACUGAAGAAGCGAUUUGUUCUUCUGAUUCACCAACCACUUGUGGUUCUGGGAGUGGAAUCGUCCAGAGUGCAUUGGUUCUCGUUUUACAGUCAGAGAAUGCAAAGCUCGAACGUGAAGUUACUCAGCUCAGAAGGAAAAAUCAAUCUCUAUCAAGUUCUGCAGCAGAGUGGGAAGGUGAAAUUCGUAAGUGGAAAGGAAAAUUAGCAAGAAAGGAAGAGGUGAGAGCACUUGAUCUGAAAUCCGAAGAUGUGAACGUGCCUUCAACUUUGCUAUUGCCUCUCAAACAACAAACGUCAUCUCCACAAAAAGUUCCACCUUCAGUAGAAGUCUCAACAUCUUUUCAAGGACAAACACAAUCUUUUGACUCUUCUGAAAGCAGGUUCUUCAAUUUGGAAUCACAAUCAAGGCUUUCACAUCCCUCCAAGUUUUUUGAUAAUUCAGGUCUGGGGUCAUUGGCAGGUGAAAGUCCUCAGAAGAACCCUGAGAAGAAUGAUCGUAAGGAUUGGUGGAAGAAGUCCUCUUCUGCUGCUGCUAAUGAUGUUCAGUGCAAGACCCAAUGAAAAUUUAAGUGGAGGCCACAGCUUCUGUGUGCAUUCCUCACCCACAGCACAAUGCAUUAUGAAUUGCAACAAAUUUUACACCACAUUAAAUGAUUCAAAUAGUUUAUUUUUUGAGGUACAAUUGGCGUGCAAAAUGCCUCCAUUUCUGAAACUUGAGUUCAAAUGCUGUUUGAGCUCAGGAUGAUCAGUGUUUGGUUUCUUAGUCAACAAUAGAAAAUUACGCCAAGUAUGUACCAAAGUGGCAAUUUGAGUUAAUGCUGGGUUUAUUGCAGGAGGCAAUGCGAAACCAUCGCCCAAAGUACUGACAUGAGAAGCAGUUUUCUUCUCAAUUCAUCAAUUAAAUACUUCGCAUUAACCCCCACGCCCCCUGCCUAUGAGUCCUGGGAUAUUCCAUCCCACUACCCACACUCGUCUUGCUUUGCUCAACUUGACCGGUUCUUUUUCUUCUGUUUCUUAUUUUCACCAAUUUUGAUAUUUUUUGUCUUUGCAUCCUCUUUUUCUUUUGUCACUUACAUACUUCUGUUCCUGUUUAAGCCUUAAUGCAGACAGCAAACAAAUAACAUUUUGCCUAUGUGUAUAUAUAAAAAAAUGACAUAGAUAACUAGGGUAUCAUGACAUGUGAUAUUUGAAUAGUGUUUGGACUAAUCAUUCAACAAACUCCUGCAUAUUUUAAAAAAUAUAUACAUUCACAAUGUCAACAUUAUUGCAGAUGCAUUAAGAAAUGUCAAAUAGCUUCCAGAUUUAUUGUAAAAUGUUGUUUGCUGAAGAUGACUGAAAUCUUUGUUUGUUGUCAAUAAAAAUAUUUCU